AGAUUGAUGACGACAAAAUAAAACUGCAUAUUUUUAUUCAGUUUUCGACCUGCUCUCGCAAGCGUCAAGUGAUAAUAAAAUAUAGUUCUUAACAUUAUUUAAGGUUUAAAAAGUCUAAAUUGUUUAUCACAACAAGCAGAAUAAAAAUGCUGGACAAAGGAACAUUUCUUACCAAAACUCUUAUAAUUGGAUCAGUUAUUUUAAUUUUCGGGAUCAAAGGAUCAACUGCCCUAAUGUGCUACCAUUGCAAUAGCGCAUAUGAUCCCCGUUGUGAAGAUCCCUUCAAUUCAUUUUCCAUCGCAACGGUUAACUGUAGCACUCUGCCUCUACCGGAGAAAACAGAUCCUAAUGGAAAUGCUUAUGAAUAUACUCUUUGCCGCAAAACUUCCCAAAAAGUUUAUGGCAAGGUCAGAGUUGUUCGAGACUGUGGGUACCUACAUGAUGGACGGGAAGACAAAGAUUGCGUUAAACGGUCAGGGACUCAUGAUGUGUAUGCUCUGUAUUGUGCAUGUACCUCUGAUUUAUGUAAUGUAUCACCUAAAAUAGCUCAUCAAUGGGAGUUACUUUCUGCAAGUCUCCUUAUAUCGUUGAUUUAUUUCGUAAAUCAGCAGUUGAGACGUAAUUAAUUCGAAACUUCUUCAGUGUUCAAAAAAGAAAAAAAGUUAUUUGUAGUCUAGAGUUCAACCGGUAUGAAAAUAUUGACUAAAUCAAUGUAGUUUAUAAUUUGCGCGUUUACACUAAUGAAUAGUGAAAAAACAGUGAAACGAUAGAAAAGGCUUGAAACUUGCAUUUAACAUCAGAAACAAACCAACAAUCUCUAAUAAAGCAUGGCUGUUAGAACGCUAUGUAAGCAUUUAAAAUGCGAGUGCGAUAGACAAAUGCAUCAGAUUUGAACAGAAUCAAACUCCGACCGCUUAACGAAUGCAUUUUAUUUACUUUUAGUUUUCAGUUUUCUGACCGGAAGUAAUGACAUUUGUUUAAUGAUUAUCUUUAAAGUAAUAAAGUAGUUAAACUUAAGAUUUGUCAUCUAUUUUACUUAGAGUAAUUGAUCAGUUUAUGAAACCCAGAAGAACAUUCGCUUAUUCACAAACUAAUUGAUGUUAUUUCAUAUUUCACACCUCAUAAUCAAUGAACAUUUCAAAAUGAAUUUUACUUCCAGCUAAAAUUGCGUACUUAGUAGCGACUUGUUAAGAUUGAUUUUUUCCAUACUUCAUUUCUUUAAUCAUUUUGUCAUAAAUUGAUCAUUAUCUCUAAAAUCGUUUACAGAAAAAAGUGAAAACUUCUAAGCAUAUUCUCACGAUAGAUGCAAAUAUUUAAUUUCUUUGUGGCUCUUGUUGACGGUGAAUUAUUACAAUGAAUAAUAGGAAACUCAGCAAUAUUUCUAGAUUACAUCAAGCCAUAGCAAUAAAUGAUUAAUUAUUUAUUCUGACGUUUCUGCAUCAAAUUUGAGUCAUAAUUAAUAUAAUUAAUUCAGUUUCCAUCUGCUCAAAUUUCCAAUAAUUCUAACAUAUUGAAAUAUGAUUCAACUAUUAAAUCCGAAUUUUUUCACAUCUUUUGAAAACAGUUGUUUACCUGAUAUAAAUAUUAUCAUGAAAAUCGGAUAUUUGGUGAAAUUUUACAAAGGAAACAAAUUUAAACUAUGAUCAAGUUUUUAUGUAUUACAUUUUGCCUAUCUUAAAUUAAACUAAAAUUUUUAAAUUUCAUGCCAAUUUUUAUUUUUGCUACAAAAGGCUUAAAAAUAUAUAUUUAAAAAGAAUUUAAUGAUGGCAGUUUGGAAUUUUCAUGGCGUCCACUUCAAGCUUCUAAGAUAUAAUGUUAAUCAUAGAAAAUUAAUUUAAUUCUCGUUACACAGUCUUAUUUAGCUAAAUCCUAAGCUAUACAAAGUUUCAACACUUUAAAUGUUUGCAUUUGUAUAGAAAUUCUGCUGAUUGACGAUUGUUUUGCAAUUCUACCAUUUAAAAGAUGUCUUUAAAGUCGUCAAUUUCAAAAGUGACUCUGAGCUCAUCAAUCACCAGGAAUAAGCAGAAAUUUUACUCAUUAAGAAAUGUAUCCACCAAGAAAUUAAUUUAGCAAACACCUUCAAAAAUUUUAAUCCUUGUUAUUAUGUAUUUGAAAAUAUGUAACUAGAAAUAUCUAAGCAUAAAUAGAAUUUAAGAUUUCCAUGUUUAUUCUUUUCAAAUAGACAAAUUGCUAAAUAAUUGUUCAAUCAGUUUUUUAAACAGCAACUAUUUAAGAAUGUAAUUGUCAAUUAAUGACAACAAAACUAACAUCAAUUAGAUAUUUCGGAUUAUUAUACCUACUUGAGAAAGGAAAUUUCUCGUCGUUUUAUGUGUGAAAUCUUUAAAAAGUUUAUCUAAUUCGAAAUAUUUAACGUCUUAAAAAGUUUUUGAGCUACCUAAAAUAAUGAAAAGCGAUAAUUAAUAGUGCAUAAAUAAUAGGAAUUUACAAAAUAAUUAAAGAAUUAGGUAAAAGAGAUUCUAAUUGUUCUAAAUAUGUAAAAUUCUGAGAACUUCUUUUAAAGCAGUUCAACUGUAAGAAAAACAUUAAAUAAAAAAUCUUUUAUUUAUUUAUUAAAAAAUUAUUUAAGUUAAGAAAUUAUUGAUGUCUAAUGAACAAAUUUAGUUCACAAUUAAGUGACAAAAAAGGAAAUCUAUUGAAAUACAAGAAACAGCUGUAUAGGUAGAACAAAAAUUAAUAUUUAUAGAUUACAUUAAAAUGCCUUAAAUUAAUUGAAAAGAAAAUAAAGAUCUCUAAUAUUGUUUGAAAAUAAUAA